AUGCUGAUCACAACCUGGAUAUGCGCACUGCUGCUAGCAGCGUUCCCAGCAGACUGUCAGCCCGUCCCGAGAAACCACUCGACACCGUCGCCAAAGUCUGGCGUCUCGACCUCGUGGGACCUGUCCCGAGUCAUCAGUCGCCACCAGCCCAAGGGCGUCCCGCUCAACAACGAGGACGUUUUCGUUUUUCUGGACAAGCUGGCGUCUUUUCUGCAAAUCACAAACUGCGAUAACAAACACGGCGCUCUCAAGCUACCAUCGGAGGCAGGCCCCACAAGUCUGCAGUUCCCGUCCAAACUGGAGCAGUUCACCAAUAUACCAAACAACACCACCGACGUGGAGAUAGUAAAGCAGCUCAAUACGAAAAAGCCCGCCAGCAAGCUCGACUGGACGCAGUAUCUGCUCAACGGCAAGGGCGUGCUCUUUCUGGACCACCACUACCACAAAAUCGUCGUCUCGAUCAGAUCGGAUCUCGAGCUCAAGGACUACUUCGCCAUCUACAGCGACCAGGCCAUCAACUUCUGGCCCCAGGUGUACCAGGAGGGUUUCUGGAAGUCGGUCAAGAAGAAAGUGGACCCCGGGAUGGUCCAACACCCGUACACCUACUACCGGAGCCAGUACUGGGGCUACUACUGGAGAAACUACUUCAAGUUCAACAAGGUGCAUUCUGGCUACUCUAACAUUGCCGACAGGAUGUUCGAGGACGUCUUUGUCGAGUACCUCAAGGCCAAGCAGCAGUAUCCGGACUACCAGCUGGUGAUAGCGGGCCAUUCUAUGGGCGGCUCUAUAGCCUCGAUCAUCAGUCUCAACUUCCACCUGGUGCAGAUCGCCAACCUGCUGGUCACCUUCAACUCGCCCAAGCUCUGGUCCGAGAGUCUCGCCAACAUGUACGACAGGGUGUCUGGGACCACUCAAAUACGGAACGUCGACAUGAGCCUUGAGUCUGGCUACUUACGGCUCUGGAACACCAGAGACGCGUGGAACCUGUUCCCGCCCGGCUCGCUUCUGAGCGUGAUGCUGUCGACGGCGUUCAAACACAGCGGGCUGUCGCUGGCGACCGAGCAGAACAGGCUGGACAUGGCGAUGCGCGACCUGGUGGUCGAGUACGAUCUCCUGGGAAAGUGGGACUAUGAGAUGGAGCACAAGCAUUGCAAGUUCAUCAAGAGCACCGACGAGUUUGUGAGCGUCAUGUCGUGGGACGCGCACCGCGUGUUGCUCCGCGACAUCUGGGCCUGUGUAGACCUGAAGCCGUAG